UUUGCUAUGGUCACAUUAUUCGUAUUUCAAUAAGAUUUUAUUUGGAAUUUUGAGUUUUUUAAUUUUUUUUCUUCAUUUUUGCGUGCCAGUUUAAGAAAAUGUUUACGCUGUGGAGAAAAUUGGAUUUGACCAAAACUAUUCCACCGUUGGCCAAUUGUUCACCAAAUAGUUUGAGAAAUUUUAACCAGAUUAAAGUGGUUACCAAUAAUGAUUCAGUCGCGGUGACAAAAGAGCCGGCAGAUGCUCUUGAAACAACAUUCAAGUCGGCAACACAUCCAAUGCAAGUAUUGUCUACGCUACCAUCGAGCCCAUCCGAAUUUCGUACAAUGUCAGGCGAAACCGUUUUUCGUGCACUACAAACAAUUGCCGUGCUGCAGCGAACGAACAAAGACACAGUAAAAUGUGAUUUCAUUACGUCACAUCCAAGAUUUGAGCAACUAUGCCGACGCCUAAAACGUUGUAGUACAAUGUUUACACCCGACGAAUUAGUUAAAUCCUUUCGAUAUCUGUGCUCAUUGGACGUGCCAACCAACAGUGAAAUUUCAUUGAUUCUCUUGAAUUUGAUACGGCAUGAAAUCAAUCACAUAUCGGUCGAUAUGAUUAUUUAUUUGGAUUAUAUAUUAAGUCAAACGGAAUGCCGUUCCGAAUUACAAAGAGCAAUACAAACAGCACUGCCCAUCGUGUUGGACCUACAAAUACCCCAACAAAUCGACAAACACAGUACUGUAAAGGAAUUGGUCAGCAUUUUAAAUUAUUUAGCCAGCCACAAGCAAAUGAACCAAAACUAUCAUAAAAUGACCGAUAUUUGUAAAUUACUUGUUGAUAAAAGUGAAGAGAUCACACCAGACGAUGCCAUCAAUAUAAUUUAUCAUUUGUGUGCAAUUGACCAGUUUCAUUUGACGAAUUGCAUUAAAUUGAUGGCAACCAGCAUACGACGCAUUAUGGAUCAGAUCACAGACAUUGACAUAAAUAAUCUACAAAAAUUGCUGAAUCGCAUGGUGGCUGCAACAGCCAAUCACUUUUCACCGUUUCAAUUUCAUAUGCAUAGUCUAUUAAAAAUGCUCACCGAACGCAUUUCACAAGAAGACCUGGGCUUGCCGGCAGCUUUGGCUCUACAGAGAACCAUUAAAAAUAUUAGUUUCCAAAGUGUCCCAUUAUUGAAAUAUAUUGGUGAUAAAUUGACAUCAAAUGUGGCUAGUUGUCGAACAAUGAAUUCAUUUGAUGUAUUUACAAUCGUUCAGGCCUUUUCCAACAAUUGUUACAUCCCCAAAGAACCUGAUAGCAAUGGCAAUGUUUGGUCCGAUCAAAUAUUGCCGGAGAUUUUGGCAAAUAAACAUUUAGCUCAGAUUGAGGCCAACAAUGCUACUUGGAUGCAAUUCACACUGCAACUGAUGAUACUUGGCCAUUUCAACAAAGAAUUGAUUUCACGUGUUCUAAGUGAAUCGUAUUUGCAAGCGUACCUAAAUCGAAAGGAUCUCUCCACGUUGGACUUGAACAAAAUUCUAAUUUUGUAUCAAACAGUAUCGAUGCAAAAAGACAUCGAGCUAACUGGUGUUGAUACGAAAACAAUAUCCAGCAUUUGCAAAACAUACGUCGACAAAAUACCACCGUGUAAAAUACAAUCGGAUCUAAUCGAUCAUUUUGGAGAUGAAAUUGUCUUGACAAAUGUUCGAACAAAGCAUAUGCAUAUAAUCAAUACAUUAUUGAAAGUAAACAGAGAAACCGGACAAGUGGGACACUUUGCCAACGAAAUUAGGCGUGAUAUAGACGGGUUUAUAGCAUUGGAAGACGUGCCAUGCAAUGACAACGAAAUGAUAUUUUGCAUCGAUUCACUGAAACGUCAUCAUCUAUUUUCAAAUAUGACGGCGAGAAAAUUUUUAAUUGGCAUUCAAAACAUCAAUGAAGAAUCGAAGUUGGGCGCGUUUCGAUUACGAUCAAAACAACUCGAAGAGUUGGGCAUUGAAGUAUGCGAAAUCAACUAUCGUCGAUAUGAAGCACUGAGAAUGUCACAUAAAGCCGCUUAUAUUGUAGAAAACAUUAAAAACCAUGCGAUAAAACGAAACCACAACAUGGAGUAAAGAUUGAAUUAAUUUAAGUGAAAAAAGAUUUGAUUGAGAUAAACAUAUGGAAAUAAAAAUUAUGAAUAUAUAUUUGUUGACUGAA